AUGGCGGGCCACGGAGCCGGCGGGUCGCGCGACUCCCGGGGGCGUGCUGACGGGGCGGACGCGGGGCCCUCGGAGGCGGGGCUGUGGGAAACGGCGGGAGAGAGCCAGGAGCAGUUCGGGGGCCAGGACCUGCCCGAGGACCCGGUGGAGGCGGGAGCCCCCGAGAAAGAGAGGGACGCGGGCCUGGAGGCGGAGGCCGAGGCGGUGGCUGCCGGCUGGAUGCUGGAUUUCCUCUGCGUCUCUCUCUGCCGGGCCUUCCGCGACGGCCGCUCCGAGGACUUCCACCGCACCCGGGACAGCGCCGAGGCUAUUAUUCAUGGGUUAUCUAGUCUCACAUCUCAUCAAUUGAGAACUGUAUACAUAUGCCAGUUUUUGACACGAAUUGCAUCAGGAAAAGCCCUUGAUGCACAGUUUGAAACUGAUGAACGAAUUACACCCUUGGAAUCAGCCCUGAUGAUUUGGGAUUCAAUUGAAAAAGAACAUGACAAACUUCAUGAAGAAAUACAGAAUUUAAUUAAAAUUCAGGCUGUAGCUGUUUGUAUGGAAAGUGGCAAUUUUAAGGAAGCAGAAGAAGUCUUUGAAAGAAUAUUUGAUGACUCAGAUUCUGAUACGUCUUUACAAAGAAAAUUGCUUAUGAUAAUCUCUCAGAAAGAUACAUUUCAUUCUUUUUUCCAACACUUCAACUACAGCCAUAUGAUGGAGAAAAUUAAGAGUUUUGUGAAUUACGUGCUUGUUGAAAAAUCAUCAACAUUUCUAAUGAAGGCAGCAGCAAAAGUAGUGGAAAGUAAAAGAGCGAGAACAACAGUUUCUCAAGAUAAGCCUAAUGGUAAUGAAGUUGAAGUAGAAACUGAAGCUAAUUUGGAAGUACAGAAAAGUGUUAAUAGCAAACCAUCUGUAGUAACUGAAUCCUCACAGGAUACAAUAUCUUUAAUGAGGUCUCACAAGAAUCUCUUCUUAUCUAAGUCCCAAUACGGACACCAAUCAGAAGAUUUGAAUGAGAAAGAAAAAGCAGAAACUCUUAUAACUAGAAGAAAGACACAGGGAACCAGACAUGCCACUGAAAGAAAGAGAAAGGAUGUUUUAAACAAUCAACCAGAAACUUCUAAAAAUUACCGAUCUAGAAAAAAACAGGCAUGGAUUUGGGAAGAAGACAAGAAUCUGCUAUCUGGCGUGAGGAAAUAUGGAGAGGGAAACUGGACUAAAAUAUUAUUACACUAUAAAUUCAACAAUCGAACAAGUGUUAUGUUAAAAGAUAGAUGGAGGACUAUGAAGAAGCUAAAACUGAUUUGCUCAGACAGUGAUGACUGA